AUGGCUGGUCCAGGUGGAGGUCCUUCUAGGCGCAGUCACACCAAGUCUCGCAAAGGUUGCAAGACGUGCAAGCGGAGGCAUAUCCGCUGUGAUGAGACAUUCCCGCAAUGUCGCAAUUGCACUAAGCAUCAAGUUCGUUGUGAUUACAUGGACAGUCCGACUGCCAUGAUGCCAGAAUCUCCCCAAUCUCCACCGCAACCGAAUUUGCUCUGGACGCCCGAGAUUGAGGCCACAAUCGAGCUCUGGAGACAGACAGGGGAGUUUCCCUUCCCUGAUCUUCGGGUAUAUCCGCAGCCGCAAUGGCAUGCCUUAUCACGUACCGAUCUUCGCCUUAUACAUCACUUGUCCUCCAUCUCGAACGAGAUGUUCCGAAAUAGCACUUCCAAAUCGACACUAUGGACAGACAUGAUGCCCAAGUUUCUGAGCAUCGCUGCAGCCCAUCCAUUCGUUAUGAACUCGAUUCUUGCAUUCUCUGCAUCUCAUCUCGCAUGGAUUUCUCAAUCCACAGAGACACGGAAUCUGGCUUUCCACCACUCGAGCAUUGCUCUUAAAGGCUUACACGAUGGCAUCACGACUUUCACAAAACUGAAUUCAGAUGCUGUGCUUGCCUCUUCACUUCUCCUUGCAUGGCAAGCCACCGAUUGGCGUGGCUGGUCUUCCUUGGUAACAGGCACCAAAACAGUGAUCCAGUCCAUGCAGCCCUGGAGACACGAAUCCUUGUUUGCCGAAUAUAUUACAGAGCAUACACCUAUGCCUGAUAGACAUUUCAUGAAUCCUAUCAGCACACCAAUGUCACAAGAAACACGAAGAGAACACCUCAACGCUCUAACAGACAUCCACGCCUCUCUACAGAGAUUGCAGCCUUAUCUAAGUCAGAACGAUCAAGAAACGAAGUGGGUUGAACAGUUGAAAGGCUACCUCGACCGCCUACGAGCAUCCAACCAACCUCAAACGCCUGAAGAGCAAUUCAAUCAGCUGUACGCCCUCCGAAAAUGGUUGUUUUGGGUACCUAUUUCGCUUUUAGCAGCGAAGCGUGGAGACAUCAACGUCCUCAUCGUCCUGGCACACUUCUAUGCCACUGCGCUGGCUUUGGAACCCAUGUUUCCCGACGUUGCCUCAGUCUUUGUAGCAGACCUUUCCCUCCGUCCGUUGCAAGACAUACUUCAAAUUGUCCAAGCGAACCAGGAUCCGCGGUACAACUCAAGACUGCAGACCAUGUCUUAUUUAGUCCAAUUUCCUAUUGAUGCGGUCUCAAAUUACAAGACGAGACGCGACUGGACACGUCAACAGGCCACGAACAUGUCCCCGAUCCAACAACCAUCGUAUGCGCUUGAAUCCAUCAACCUGGACCUGGAGAACCAGAUCGCUCAGUAUAGCUAUGGCCAGAGCUUGAGUCCCGCAUUCGCACCUUCGCCAUUAACUUUCCUACCUCCUGGCAUGUCGCCGACACCUACCUCACCGUACCUCGAAGUCCCGCGGGCACCCGUGGAUGUAUACGGCGCCUCCAACUAUUCAACACCAAUGGGCUCGCCCGCGACCCUACUACCGCCAUAUUCGGCGCCACAAGAACAUGCAUUCACGUAUGGAAUGAAUACGGGAUAUCCCAGUGGGUUCGUGCCUACACCUAUCUGGACGUGA